AUGUCUAGCCACCAGGCUAUUAUGAAAUGUCCUUGGCAAUGGCGCCAGCCCUUUUUGGAUGAGAAGCGUGAGAGCCGCAAGCGCAAAGUCGGUGAUGGUUAUUUCUACGACCCCGUGGAUCCCAGCUUUGUAGAUCACCUGCUACCUGGUUACGCAAAGAAGUUUUGCGGUGCCGACGUGCUUGAAUCUGACGAGAAGGAAAAUAUUCAGCGUGAGAUUGAGCGCCUUAUGACGAGGAAGGACGAUCCACUUUGUCGCACUGACGCUGCUGUCACCUCUGGCGAUGAAGACAACUUUAAUGUAAGCCGCGAGAACCAUGCACUGGUCGACAGCAUCCUGCUCAUGUCCAAGUCCGUGGAGGCCUCGUCGCUCACGCUGCUGGCGUCUCCCAAGAGUGUGGCUUCCUCCUCGCCGUCAUCGGAUGAGAGCAGCGACGACGACGACAGCUAUCUCAGCAGUGGUGGAGAGGAGCCUCUUGACCUUGCUGAGGAUCGACCGGCUAAACUUUUUGCGCACCGCAACCCAUCACUCGAGCUCGUGUCUGACAACUUGCAGGAGGCCUUUUUUGCUGUGGAAGACAGUGAGUUGCUUGACUUCCAGACGACCGCCAGUUCCAGCGCAGCGGAAAUGGACUGA